UCCUUGGCCCUUUAAGCUCUUCAUGUGCCAUUGGACCAGAGAAGAACCUCUUGUGUCCUCAUGCCUUGAAAGAGGAAGCUCUCAUGUGAAGGGGACCCUGCAUUAUAAGGAAGAACAAUGUGUUCCUUCAUUAAAUCUACACAUGAAGAAAGUGCUGGACUUGCAAGCAUCUAUAUCAAGUUUGCAGUGUAUGGUAGAGGAUCUACUUGUUGCUACUGCUGAUGGAUUUCUCCAUCUUAUUCACUGGGAUGGCAUGACCAAUGGAAGGAAGGUCAUCAACCUAUGUACAGUACCAUUUUCAGUAGACCUGCAGUCUUCUAGAGCAGGUUCUUUUUUGGGCUUUGAAGAUGUUCACAUCAGAGAUAUGGAAUACUGUGCCACGCUUAAUGGGUUUGCUGUUGUUUUUAAUGAUGGCAGGAUUGGUUUCAUUACAUCAAUCUCAAGUAGAUUCACUGCUGAGCAGCUCUAUGGUGUUUGCUCACAAGAUGUGGUUGAUGGAACUUGUGUGGCAGUAAAUAACAAAUACAGGCUAAUGGCAUUUGGAUGUGCCAACGGCUCUGUGCAAGUUUAUACAAUGGAUAUCACUACUGGAGUCAUGCAAUUUUCUCAUAAAUUGGAGCUGACACCAAAACAAUAUCCUGAUAUUUGGAAUAAAACGGGACCAGUUAAACUGAUCAAGUGGUCUCCUGAUGGUUGUGCUGUUAUGGUGACCUGGGAAUUUGGAGGCAUGUCCUUAUGGAGUGUUUUUGGUGCCCAGCUUAUUUGUACUCUGGGAGGAGAUUUUGUGUAUCGUUCUGAUGGUACUAAAAAGGACCCUUUAAAGAUCACUUCUAUGAGUUGGGGUUCAGAAGGAUAUCACCUCUGGGUGAUUGAUGGGAAUUUUUCUCAAAAUACAAAGUGUAAAAGAGACGCAAAGAAUGAAGCUCACCAAUUUAGUAUUUUGCAAUUUCAAUUCAUCAAGAGUGUACUCACUGUUAAUCCUUGUAUGAGUAACCAGGAACAAGUCCUUCUUCAAGGAGAAGAUCGCUUGUACUUGAACUGUGGAGAUGCCAAACGGGUCCAGAGUCCCAGAAAUACUUCACUGCACUCUGAACAUAAGCCUGCCAGGGGAAGAAGCCCAUUUUCAGAUGGUGGUUUAGAUUCUCGAGGUCUAAGCACUUUAUUAGGACACAGGCAUUGGCAUGUUGUACAGAUUCAUAGUACAUAUCUAGAGAGCAACUGGCCUAUAAGGUUUUCAGCCAUUGACAAGCUGGGGCAGAAUGUAGCUGUGGUUGGCAAGUUUGGCUUUGCGCAUUAUUCUUUACUCACAGAAAAGUGGAAGCUGUUUGGAAACAUUGUCCAGCUGAGAACGUACCUGCAAACAUCUAAUCUUGAUAAUACAUUUGCAUACAUCACUAAAGUACAAGCAGCUACGUUACUUCUCAGUGUCUUCCGGGACAUCGUAAUAUUGUUCAGAGCAGAUUGUUCUAUUUGCCUUUACAGUAUUGAGAGAAGGCCUGAUGGUCUUAACCCUACUGCCAGUGUCCAAGUUCUUCAAGAAGUAUCUAUGUCUCGAUACAUUCCUCAUCCUUUUCUUGUAGUGUCCGUUACUUUGACAUCAGUGAGGACAGAGACUAGCAUCAGCUUAAAAAUGCCUCAGCAGGCCUGUGAGGCUGAAAGUAUUAUGUUAAACUUAGCAGGACAACUCAUCAUGUUGCAAAGGGAUCGAUCUGGCCUCCAAAUACGAGAGAAGGAUAAUAACCCUAACCAAAGGAAGUUUCUGCCUUUUUGUGCUCCAGUUGUACUAGCCCAGUCUGUUGAAAAUGUCUGGACUACUUGCAGGCUUGAGAAACAGAAACACCACUUACUGGAGGCUCUCUGGCUCAGCUGUGGUGGGGCAGGUAUGAAAGUCUGGCUUCCUCUAUUUCCUAGAGACCAUCGAAAACCACAUUCCUUUCUGUCAAGGCGGAUCAUGCUGCCUUUCCACAUCAACAUAUACCCAUUGGCUGUCUUGUUUGAAGAUGCCUUGUUUCUUGGUGCUGUUAAUGACACUGUGCUCUAUGACUGUUUAUACACUCAAACCAGCACUAGAGAACACUUAGAGGUCCUCUUUCCUUUCUGCAUUGUUGAGAGAACCUCUCAGAUCUACCUCCAUCACAUUUUACGCCAGCUUUUGGUUAGGAACCUCGGUGAACAAGCCUUACUUUUGGCCCACUCCUGUGCCACGUUACCAUACUUUCCUCAUGUACUAGAACUGAUGCUUCAUGAAGUGCUGGAAGAAGAAGCUACCUCACGGGAACCCAUUCCUGACCCUCUGCUUCCCACUGUGGCGAAGUUCAUUACAGAAUUCCCCCUUUUCCUGCAGACAGUUGUUCAUUGUGCUAGGAAGACAGAAUAUGCCCUGUGGAAUUACCUUUUUGCUGCUGUUGGAAACCCAAAGGACUUAUUUGAGGAGUGCUUAAUGGCCCAGGAUUUAGACACAGCUGCCUCUUAUCUUAUUAUCCUACAGAAUAUGGAAGCUCCAACAGUUAGUAGACAGCAUGCUACUCUCCUAUUUAACACUGCCUUAGAGCGGGAAAAGUGGGACCUUUGUCGUCAUUUGAUCAGAUUUCUUAAAGCCAUUGGCUCUAGAGAAUUGGAGACACCUCCAGCUACACCAACACUUCAGGAACCCAGUUUAAGUGGUGGCUUUGAAUUCUUCAGACAUCGCAGCAUUAGUUUAUCCCAAUCAGCAGAGAAUCUCCAUAGCAAAUUCAACCUACAGAAAACACUGAGUAUGAUCUCUGGCCCAUCUGGGAAAAGGUGGAUUACAGACUGUGACUGUGCUGAGAACAUGUACAUUGAUAUGAUGCUUUGGCGACAUGCUCGGCAUCUGCUAGAAGAAAUCAAACUCAAAGACCUUGGCUGCUUUGCUGCACAGUUAAGCUUUGAGCUGAUUGGCUGGUUGCGUAAGGAGCGAACCAGAGCUGCCUGUGUGGAGGAUUUUGUGAUUGCUUUGAAAAAAUUACAUGAGGAUUUCCUCUGGCCAUUUCCAGUCAUACCAGCUUCCUCUAUUAAUUCACCCUUCAAGACUGGAAUGUACAGGACAGGCACCUUUCUAAAUGUGGAAAUGGACACAGGGGUUCCAAACAUACCUCGGAGUCAUAGCUGGCUUGGCACUAUUAGCUCCUCUCAGAGAGAGAUUGACACAAUUUCAUUCUAUGGACCCCCCAUGCAAGAUGCAGUCCUUUCUCCUUUGUUAAAUAAAGAUGAUGAAUGUAGCAUUGGUUCAGCAACAGACCUGACUGAAACCAGUUCUAUGGUGGAUGGUGAUUGGACCAUGGUGGAUGAAAAUUCCUCUAGUCUUAGUUUAACUCAGUCAGAGCUUGAACAUCUCUCUCUGGAACUGGCUUGUAAAGGGCCCCGCAAGUCACAGGUCCAACUACAGUAUUUACUACAUAUCUUCAUGGAAGCAGGAUGUCUAGAUUGGUGUAUUAUCAUAGGCUUUAUUCUCAGAGAAUCUUCAGUAAUUAACCAGAUUUUUAGUAUAAUGCAAUCUUCUGAUAUUGAUGGAGAAAUCUGUCAGAACAUCAAGACUGGCCUACAUGCUAUUGACAAAUGGGCUUCCACAGAUUGCCCUGGGUACAAGCCAUUUCUAAACAUCAUCAAACCACAGAUCCAGAAACUAAGUGAGAUAACAGAAGAGCGAGUGCAGCCUGAAGCUUUUCAGCCAGUGAACCCUCCUAAUGUUACAGAACAAGCAAGCCCCGGAGUUGAGGAAAGCAUGACUUUGUCUAGCCAUUGCACUAAUCCUCAGAGUGACGCUGCUAAUAGCAGUGUAAUCAGACAUGAAGAAGACAAGUCUACAACAGAGGAAAAGGAUUCUUUCCAAGAAGGCAGUUAUGACUGCACUGUGUCUUAAUUGGAAGAUGACAACUCUCUCAAGAAUAAGGGGUGUAAGGAAGUAAAUCAGCUUUUAGAAAUGCUUCCACAUUUGCGGUUUAAUCUUUUUAUGUAAUUUAUUCUUUAUUCUAUAGAGAAGUAUAGUACAACUAAAACUGCUUCAUCUAAUACAGUUGCAAAAGAAGGCAAAAUGUUUUUUUUUUUAUGCUGAACAGCUUUACACUUUGGUACUUUAUAAUGUUGAGGGACAAUGAAUGCAGCUGUAGACAGGUAGAACUAGUAUUUAGUCAGUUCUUUGCAUUAAAUGUGUUCUGGAAAACCUUCUUUCUUAGUAUCGCCUGUUUGAGUAUAAAAGACAAAGAGGAGAUGAAAAUUGUUAUCUUUCCCAGCUUGCCUGUUUUUCUUAUGAAUUACAAAGUACAUAGAAGCUAGGCAUUCAGCUCCUUGAUCGCCUAAAAGAUGCUUUGUAUCAAAGAACUGUAAAAUACUGUAUGGUUUUGUGAAUGCUCUUCUAUAAAUAUUCAUGGUUGUACCAUAUUUGAAGAUACUGAUAUGUACUGUGCAUGUUUCUAGAUAACUAGCGAAAUUAAAGUGGAAUUGCACAUCCUUCUGGAUGAGGCAUAUUGUUACUAACUUAUUAGUGGCACUAGGUGGUUUAACUUUUUAAAAUCAGCUAUGCACUUCCUACAAUUGGUUUAGGGUGAUUGGUGAAGGUUAUUUCACUUGUAAGUUCUUUUCUGAAUUUUUUUUAAUGUAAAUAUUCACUUAUGUACUCUUGCUUCUAAUUUUUACUUAAACAGCUCAUACUUAAACAGUUAUAAUGGACAUGCUUGUAACUAAAUAAGAGUAACUUUCAUACAAUGUUAUGAAAAGCUGACUCCGAAUGUCUAUUGCUUUUAAGAUACUUCUUUUCCUAGCUGCUGUCCCUAUGUAAUAACUGCUUGUAAUGGUAAUAACUUAGGUAUCAUCUUGUUUGUACUGUGCCAUCUGAGAGCAAAAAAUGCAGCAUUGUUUAUUUUAUAUGAAACAGUUCAUUUUUUAUAACAUCACCUGAUUACCGACAUGGACUAAAUGUGUUGUCAUAUAAUAGCUACAGCGUCUAUCAGUUUCCCAGUGCAUUUAAACCCUGAAACUUAAAAACAUUCACUAUUAAGUUGAAAUGAAUUGUUUUGUUUACUUGUAUAGUUCAUUUGCAGAUAGCAUUAAGUGCUUUAAAGUAUAUGAAUAUUAAACUAUUGCUUUAUGAUAGCUUUUUAUGCCCAAUAAAGCCAAUGCAAGUGCAAUAAUUUCAGUUAUCUAGAAGACUGGAGAUGAGCGCAUUCCAACUCCUCAACUGGAAACUCAAAUGGAACUCCAAAAAUCAGAGUUGCAGCAACUGAUGCAAAGAAAUCCUAUUUGAGUCCCAACUUUGUUUAGUUGGCGUUUUAGAUACAGGUUUCAGAUAAUGUCUAUCAUACUGCUAAAAUAAAUGGUUCCUUCCAAAUAAGAACUUACUAGCCUAGUGUGAGCUGACUUUAAAAUCCAUUACUACCUUAAGGGGACACUUAUAAAAUUAUUUUUCUGAAAAAACUGUUUAUAAGUUUCCAUAUUAAA